AAAAUGAGUGUCGAGCAUCAUGAAAAGGCACCUUUAGUUACGAAUAUACCAUAUCUAAUUGCAUCAUGGAUUAUACUAUGAUCUAUGAUCUGUAUACCGGUUCAUUGCAGGGUAACGCUUUUUUGUUGUCAAAACUUAAUUUUUACGCGAAAUUUUUACGCAUCGAUUGAGUGUAUUUUUAUCAAAAUUUGAGGUGAUCGGGACAUUCCCCUCUUCUGAAAUUUUCGAGUUAGAAUACAUGUAUAACGGAAUAUAGAGAAGAAUAACAUAACCUAUACUUGAACAGAAGAGGCGCAACAUCCGGAAUUUAAACGUCAAUAAUGCCGAAGAGUGCUAGAAAAACAAGGCGUCAGCUUUUGGCAGAAAAGGCAAUGGUACAGCGACGACUGAUAAACAAAGCAAAUGCCUUAGCAAAUCCUUUGGAGACUUUGCAUAAGUUCCACGAGUAUAUCACGAAGGAUAAUAACAUGAUCAAGCUUGCUUGCGUUAAGGCAAAGGAUGCACCAUCAGAUUGUUUAUCAUGGAUCUUAAAUAUUAUGGAGAGGAACAUGAAGAAAAUGUAUGAACAAUCUAGUUGGGGCUGGAACGCAACUGAGAAACAGACGGAAUUAACAGAAGAAAUGGCAUGGUACUUGGUAGCAUCGUGUGAUGACAAAUUUCUUGGCUUCUCACACUUUCGAUUUGACAUUGACAAUGGUGACGUGGUAUUAUAUUGCUAUGAAUUACAAUUGGAACCAUCGACCAGGCGCAAGGGACUUGGUCGCUUUAUGAUGUCAACUCUGGAAUCCAUGGCAUAUCAUAAUCAAAUGACGAAAGUUGUUUUAACCGUUUUCAAACACAAUUCAUCAGCAAUACAAUUUUUCUACGCUCUUGGAUGUGACUCGCCAAUUCCAAUGGACUAAUCGACCGAUUAAGUUUGUUAAAGUGAUCCUUUAGGUCCUCUUUCACCAAUUCCAAUUAACUCAACCACUAUGACUGCCAACAUGAGAACUAAACACAGUUUGUCUCCGAAGAGGAAGAGAGAGGAGACGUUUUGAUACAUUAAACUGCUGGUGCUUCUGCGAGUUGAUCGUCAAUUAAUUUAACCAGAAGUUUGUGAAAGAGGCCCUUAGUCAUUGUGUUGUUGUGUAUUUUGUUUGUUUUGAUGUCACCAUCUUAAAUAAUUUCAUACUGAAAUAAUAUUGUACUACGAAGUUACUUCAGAAUGUACAAUACUUCACAGUAUUGUAAUCACUGUAUUAUAAUACAAUAUAUUGUUCAUUCCAACAAAAUCGUAACAAUGCUCCAAUGUUUUAAUGAAAUUUAAUGUGUGCAAAUCAUUAUUCGUAUGAAAAAAAAUUGAAUCAGAGUUAUCAAAAGAUGACUCUGAUUCAAUUUUUUUUCUGACCAGUAAUUUUUCCAUGGCUUCGGAUAAUGUUGGCAGUAAAUUAAACAAAAAUGCAUAAGUAACUUUGACAUACUGUAACUCCGCGAAAAAAUCAUACAAACUUUUCCUUUUUUUUUAAUUUGUAAGAAAAAGUCCAAAAUUUACGAUGAUGCUUGUGAGAAAAACUUAUUUUGCUCCAUACAAUAUGUCAAAAUAUGUACAAUUGAUGAAACAUGUACUUACUUUUUAAACGGUGCUGGAAUACGGGAAGAUUCGAAUCACGUUUCUUUAAGUAAAGCCUCUAUCCUUGAAAGUGUAAAAAAAUUUUUAAAUAAUUUUUCACACAAUUAUGUUUAUUUGAAGUUACGCUAAAUUUUUAUAUAAUUUUAAUUAUGCGUUAAUUUUGUGGACAAAUGUCUAUGUAUAUAUAACUGUUGUAUAACCCAAAUCUAUUUUACACUGUAUAUGAUUGACUAAUAUCAAAGUAUUCACUUUUGAUGAGAUAGUUCUGUAUUGGUUUGUAUCGUUACUCAAUUUGCAUUUUGGCUGUCAAGCUGAUUUCAUAAUGUAUUAUUUUAAUACAUUUUGUAUUUUUUAUACAAAAAUACAACUUGUAUUGUUUCUUUAUAAAUAAUACUUAUAAAUAUCUUAAAUAUUUAGUAUUAGUAUUCUUAAUCAGGUAAAUAAAACUAUCCACAAAUAAAUAAUGAAACUCUUGUGAAUUUAAUGCGUCACUCAAAUACGAAUGGCAAUCAAAAUGUUACUAUUAAAUUUAACUAUUCGGAUCUUUACUUUGUGUUUAAUAUUUUUUCUGUUCGAUAGAUAACUCAAAUCAUAUUUAAGGAGAAAAUGUACAGUGAAAAUACUACUUAUGUUUACUCAUCCACAAUUCGUGAGCAAUCUAGUAACAUCUUACAAAAGCAUUUUUCAACUGAAUACACAUGAAAUAUAUAGGAUUUACAUUUCACAUUGUACAGAAUUAAAAUAUCAAAUAAAGAAUGAUAAAUUAAAUAGAUGUACUAUUCGACUUUGUAACAGUAAAACGAUACCUUACCCAAUAUAAAUUGUAUUUUUUAAAUGCUUCAUUAGAUAUAUCAUCUAUCAGUUCUUAAACAUUAUCAAUGUCUUAUAUACACAUCGUCUUAUAUAUAUACACACACA